UAUUCAUAUCUCAGUACCAAAACUCAUACCCGAACAUCCUCGUCCUCUGCAAGUUCAAGAAUCCUACUGAUGACCUGUGCUAGCCAUGCCGUGAUUUUCCUCGUCUUCUCAAAUUUGGCCAUAGCCAUGGGCGCCACCCCUCCUCCCUUAGCACCUUACGUAGGGAAGUGUACGAGUAGUUGUGAGGAAGAGCUGAAUCUAUCUUUGUACCUGCACCAAGUUGUCAGUGGAGCAGCCCACAACCAAGAAGUAAUUCUGAGCCCCGGCUUUGCUAAUUCGUUUGGUGUGAUGGCAGUUAAUGACUGGACUAUGCAUGCCACCAAUGAUUCCACUGCAAGUAUCAUUGCUCGGGCAAAGGGAAUGCAUAUCCAGGCUACCCAAACCCAGGCCAAUGGCUAUGCUUGGUUUCUUCCGUUCAACAUGGUCUUUGAGGACUCCAGCUUUCGCGGGUCGACAUUGCAAGUGAUGGGGAUAGUCAAUGAUGCGAAUGGUGAGUGGGCUAUUGUGGGUGGCACUGGAAAUCUGUCCAUGGCGCGUGGUACCGUGAAGUUCACCACAGUCCAGAGCAGCCCAAACAUUGAGAGCUACAAAAAAAUUGAUAUCCAUGCAUUCUACACAACCCAGCCGACCGUUUAAGAUAUGAAGAAUAAAGACGCGCCACUUCAGCUGGAAAUGUGAGCCGGCAAUCUCGCAUGAAUAAAAUAUGUGUCUUCCCUUAUGGCUAGUACUACUAGCUGUUGUAAUAUGAAUGUCGGUGAAAUCUUCUUUAUUUUAAAAUAAUGUAGAUGUUUGUGGCGUGUCAGGAAAAUCCUUUGAUAUACAUCCAAUCAGGCGUUUUAUCAUUUUUGUAAUAUUGGACUGUAUGAUUUAAGUUGGAAUCUUAUGUUCUUAAUAUAUUGUAUGAAAGAGAACUAA